GAGGAAAGUUAAGGUUUGCAGAAGCGGCAAUCGGUUAGAAGUUUGAACCCUAGACAGACAAUGACGAGAAAGCGCAAGUGAAGAAGAAGUAGCACAGUGCGAAUGGCGCUUUCAAUACCAGCUUCCGUUUCAUUGCCUCCUUCGCCGGCUCCGAAAUUUCCAAUUAAAGUUUUUAAACAGAAACCAUGGCAAUUCCAAAGGUACCAACGGCCAUGCAUCCAUAAGGAGGCCUUGUCCACAUGUUGUAUGAAAGUUUCAAUGUCAGAGUUUGGCGAGCCAAGUAAGGUCAAAUUGCAAAUUGGUACUGUAAAGGAGAAGUUGUGGGAAGCCAUUCCCAAUUCAGUUAAGGAUCUUGAUCGGAAGAAGGCAGUGGAUAUUCUGGUGGGUCGACUGCUUUUCCUCGGACAGAAAGCAUUGAAAUGGUCUCUGAUGGUAUAUUUGAUUACUAGCUCGUUAUCGGAUUUCUUAUUUUCCAUCUCCAGAAACCAGGAAUUGAUGAUACCCUUUGGUCUCUUUGUUGGCUGCUUGAUAGCCGACCUUUUGAACGAAACAUGUCAACAAGUGUUCAAGUUCAACCCCUCAGAGGAAAAGGAGUUGGAUUGGCAUUUUAUAGGUAUAAGUUGUUUGUUUGUUGUUGUUAAGUUCAUGUCAACAUAUUUGGGGAUACGAGGACAGGUAUUUUUUUUGCAUGUUGCCAACGGUGGGUUGAUGCAAAUAGUGUGGCUGUGGAAAAGUUUAUUGAAACAUAUUGACAAUGGAGAAAACUCUGCAUCGGUACAAGAUACCUAACAAGAAAUUGAUGUAAAAGAUUGAUUUUGCUCUCUGUACAUUGAACUGCAUAACCUUAAGAUGCAAUGAACUUGUAUAUUUUUUUCAUAGCCUAUUCAGAUGAACACGGUUCCUUUUCUUUUGAGACGUUGCUUUCUUAAUGUGUAUUCUAUUAAGCUUAAAAUUUAUGUAUCACUUUUAUUUUUCAA